CUCACACAUAAACACAUUCGUAUAUCUUGUACAUAUGCAGAUUAAAGCCUCGAUUCCUCUUCGUUUAUGUGAUAAUAUCAUGUGGAUAAGGUUCUAUAUACACUGAAGGUGUAUAUAUUUUAAUGAUGAAAAAGGCAGUUAAUCACAGCAGAGUUCAAGUUGUUGUUCGUUUACGUCCUGUACUUGAUGAAGCGGAGAUUGAUGUUGAGCCAUGUGUACGAGAACUAGAUGGCAACUCACUUGAGAUUUUCAAUUGGAGGAACAAUAAAGAAACACUUAAAUAUCGUUUUGAUGCUUUCUAUGGUAAAAGUUCAUCACAAGAGGAAGUUUUUGAAUCCUCGGUAGCUUCACUACUUGUACACACACUAAAUGGACAAAAUGCAAGUGUGUUUGCAUAUGGUGCCACUGGUACAGGUAAAACCCACACCAUGCUGGGUAGACCAGGAGACAUUGGUGUAAUACCAAGAAGUGUACAGAAAAUAUUAUCUGUUGCUAAAAGUGAAAGUGCUACUUGGAAAUACAGUAUCCAGUUUUCAUAUCUGGAAAUAUACCAAGAGAGGGUAUAUGACUUAUUGGUGCCUAAAAACCAUGAUUUACAAAUAAGAGAAGACAGAGAUAGAAAUAUAAUCAUACCAUCACUAGCUGUGAAAGAAAUCACAUCGUAUGAACAAUUUCAGAAAUACUUUAUUCCAGCCAGUCAUAACAGGUACCAAUUGUGUAUAUCUCAUUACACUAAAAUGUUUACUUUAUUAGUGACUAAGGUUCAACAGGCUGAACCGUUUAGAAAAUUAACUGGUAAGCUACUAUUGAUAGACUUGGCUGGUAGCGAGGAUAAUAAAAGAACUGGUAACCAGGGAAUAAGAUUAAAGGAGAGUGGUGCUAUAAACGUGUCUUUAUUUGUACUUGGGCAAGUUGUUGAUGCACUGAAUCAAGGACUGCCAAGAAUUCCAUACAGAGAUAGCAAGUUGACCAGAUUACUCCAAGAUUCCCUUGGUGGCACUGCCCAUGCCUGUAUGGUGACAAACAUCGCACCGGAAGAGAGAAACUACAUGGAUACGUAUACAACAUUAAACUUUGCUGCUAAGUCCAGACAGAUUGUUAAUAAACCAUUCACUAGAGAAAGUACAGAAAAACCCAGCAGAGUAACAUUGAAGAGGAAAGCCUCAGAUGAACACAGACCCUCAGCACCUGCUAAGAAGAUGGCUUCACAGGAGAGCACUCCAAUAGUUAAUGCUAGAGUGAAUGUGUUGAAACAACAGGUAUUGCAGCCAUUCUUGAGUCCUAUUCUGAGGAAACAUGAUCACUUUGCUGAGAGUGUGGUCAGCAGAUUAGAAAACUUAGAACGUAACAUUCUAAAUCACAUGAAACAACCAGUGCAACCAGUUGUGCCACCACCACCACCACAGGAAAAUCAACAAGACAUACUCAAACAGCUGAAGAAAUGUCGUGAACAGUUGAAAGAAGUACAACAGCAGAACCAGAGACUUACUAAAGAGAAGACUGAAGAGGAAGUGUUGACAAGUGAUUGUCUGUUUCAAAGAGUUCCACUUAUAAAAAAGAAGAGUAGAAGUAAAUUGGGUACAAGAUGUGAUGAACCAUCGUACUCAGGUUGUUCUCAGAAGGACAGAAAACCACUCAGUGCCGUGAAUGGAGUUUCCACAGAUGUGCAAUUUGUAAAAAUUAUCCCAGAAUGCAACUCAGAAAGUAACGAUGCUCUGGAUGUAAGUGGAACAAAUUGGACCGUCAAACUAAAUCCAGAAUUACAAGAAAAACACAAUGCUGAAAUAUUAAAUGUAAUUAACAGUGGUACAGUAAAACAGUUGAAGUCGUUACAGAGUAUUGGUGAAAAGAGAGCUAAACUUAUAUAUGACUGGAGGCAACUUAAUGGACAGUUUAGAUCUAUUGAAGAGCUCCAACGUGUAAAUGGACUGACUAGGAAGACGGUUGAAUCCAUCGUUAAGACCCUGAUUACUGUUAGGGAGUUAGCCUUAUACCCUGAUUACCUCCAAAAUUGUGCAUUGAUGGAGUCCUCGGUGGCGGGAGCCAUACGUUAUCAAAAUGCAGACACGUGCUAUAUAAAAGUGGCAUUCAAUGAACAAAAUGGCGGUACGGCCCGCACAAUGUGCGAAAACUACAGCGGCUAUCUAUUGAUUAUAGAUAAUUCUGGUGAACAAGAUUUCAUUGAAUCGAAGACAUCGACCAAUCAUAUUUACUGGAUAGGCAUAGUACGCAAUGCGUCCGAUUAUGUUUGGGUUGAUGGAACGCCUGUUGCUAGUGGAUACAGCAAUUGGGAUGGUACAUUCCCUAAAGGGGAUGACUGUGUUAUCUUUAGUGGUCCCAAUGGAAAGCGGUGGCGAGACGAGCCGUGUGACACGUCAACACAUUAUUUCUGUGAAUUUUCUGAGCAACCGAUUGAACCUACAACAACAAAAUAUCCAACAACAGUAUACAAAACGUCUGAUUCAAGUGUAACAACAUUGGAACAAACAACUAGGGAUUCUGCGCAGCUGCAGACAACGACUCAACUGACUAGUCCCGUUUCCAGAUCAACCACGAUAACAGCAAUGACGUCUAUGUCUAACGGAAUACCACCAACAUUAUCAUCGUACCAUACUGGAAUGAACUGCAGAUUGACGAUCAAUGAUGAACCAGCUACACAUGCGGGCAAAACAACGACCGAGAACACAAAACAUGAAUCUAAAAUAGGUUUCCUAGGUAUGAAUAUAGGAGGUGUUGUCAUGUUUUCAGUGUGGAUGGGGGCAAUGUCACUUGGACUUGGUAUAUGUAUGGUUCUGGACAUAUUACAACUUACUGUCCGAGUAUGCAGAUCCCCGAAACGAAACCGUAACAGCGAAAAUGUAUUGUACGAUAUUUAG